UGUCAUGUAAUACGAACGUCGCGGUUUCAAAUAUUAUAGCCAAUAUAGUUAACUAGACUACAGCCCACACCUUGCUCAGUUUAGCACGGUUAACGAUACACUCGAGUCAUUUUAGAUCCAUAAUAACUUCCCGAAAGCACCGCAGUCACACUAUCUCUGCGUCACUUUCAGCAAUGUAAACGAUACGCAUCAUGUUGAUAACGUUACGAUAAAACAUAUCUUAUCACUUCACUUCGAUUGAAAGUCUAACACAGAUGUGCAAUUGGAAGACAUUUUUAAAAUGCGCGCGCUAAAAUUUUUGACGUUUUAUUUUUUAAUUUUCAACGCGAGUGGCCAAGAUGAGGAAGUUUUGCGGUUAAUAAAGCUGUGUUCGCAUUGUACGUGUAGUGAAAUACCUGAUGUGGAUGGGACACACUUGGUGCUGAAUAUAUUGUGUUCAGAAUUGGAUAGGGUCGAGGACCUCGCCGAUUUGGAUAAAAUACAGUGGCCGGAUAACCCAAAUGGAUUGAAAAUAUCAGCUACAUUCGAAGGUCUUGGGCUUACCACACUUGGCAAAUUGCCACCGAACUCUCAAGUGGAGACCCUUCGUUUCAGCAACAAUUUGAUUAAAACCUACUGGCCCGAUCCUUUCAGCGACCUUCCUAACUUGAAGAUAUUAUCUUUCUCCCAAAAUGACCUGGCAGAAUUAACUCCAGAUCUUUUCACAAACAUAGAGAAUCUAGAAGAUCUAGAUUUAUCUUACAACAAGUUGGCCAGCGUUAACUCAUUAGAUUUCAAAUAUGUUCGACAAAUUAAAAGACUGAAUCUGCAAAAUAAUUUGUUAAAAAAGUUUCCGCUAGAGGCGCUGCAGUCGAUGACCGUUUUGGAAGAUUUGGAUUUGGGGAAAAACAGCAUUUUUGAUGUCUUGUUGAGGAGGUUUAAGAACGAAGCAUUGAAAGGUGUUAAGAGAUUAAGCCUUAAUGGAAACAGAAUACGAUCGAUUGUUAAGGAUUCGUUCCCGGAUAAUAAUAGUAUAGAGUUCCUGGAUCUAUCAAACAACAUAAUCGAAGUAGUUGAAACCGAAGCUUUCCUAACCUGUACGAAUUUAAGGGAAUUGAACCUUGGGCAGAACAACAUAACGUUCCCUUUCGCGAUUCCUCCUACGCUACAGAUUGCCAUAUUGAAAAUAAAUACAUUGUACCAUUGGCCAAUGUUUCCAAGUGGUAUCACUUAUAUUGAUUUAUCAUACAAUCGCUUAUCAGCACUCUAUGAUGAAAACAACGUGGAAUUUGAUAAUUUGGAGGUUCUAAACAUCGGCGGAAAUCAGAUCAAAGAUUUUGACUUACAAAAGAAAUUACCAAAGCUUUUCAGUUUGGAUUUGUCCUAUAACUCAAUAAUCGAAGUGCCAAAGUGUAUUAAUACUCAAAUUUUCCCUAAUUUAGAGGAGUUGCGAUUAGAUGGCAACCCAAUACAGAGCAUUUAUUUCAAAAAUAUCAUCGCUUUGAAAAAUUUAUACAUGAAUGAUAUGCAUAAAUUAUCUGUGGUAGAAGAUAAAGCGUUUAGCAACGUGAUUGGUCGAGCAGGAGAUGAGAUAGCAUAUGAGAAGAUAUGUUUCUCUCUCUAUCUAUCGAAUUGUGCGUCUCUUCAUGAAAUACAGGAAGGGGCAUUUGAUGGGACAACAUUAUGUAUGUUGGACAUAAGCAAGAACAACCUGACGUCCCUCUCAAAGACCCUGCUAGACUGGCGGUCCCUGACCGAGGGGGCCAACCUACAAUUCAACCCGUGGCAUUGCUCCUGUGACCUGCAGUGGGUGCUCGAUGACCUGCUGCCACAGAUGUACAAGAGUAACUCACUGCUGUUGAGUGAAUUUAGAUGCGGCUCCCCCCGUGCGUAUGAAGGCUUACGGCUGGUCCAUUGGUACAACUGGACGGAGCAGGCCAUGUGCAGCGAUGUUAUGUAUAAAUCAGGCACUUAUAUGAUUGAACAGUCAACGAUAAAAUCGUCUCAAAUUAGCUCGCUGACACUGAUCCUGACGGGUUGCAUCAUCGCAGCGCUGCUAAUCGCUGUAGCGCUAACCGUGUAUUUGAUAAGAAGUAGGCGAAGGUACAAGGUGAGGCAGGCCGCCUUGAACCGCAAGCGACAAAGCGCUUUAGACAUAAGAGAUACGAAUGGACAUGAACAAUUCGCCGCUUUAAAUAAAGCGUGACAUGCUGCAUGUGUAUUGUUCUUGAAUCUAGAAUCUCACAGAGAUGUGAGUGGGAAGCUUUAUUUCUUCCUUGUUUGUAAUUUAUGAUGUAAUUGGUUCGAAAUUUAAAAUUUGCGAAAUAUGGAUAUGCUUUUUGAAUGGAUUUAAUUGUUACAAUUAUUGUAAAUCAUUACUUUUGUAUUAUAAUUCAAUCUACAGUUUUUUUAUAGUAACUUAUUCAUUGUAAAUAGAUGAAGUUAUGUACCUACCGACAACAUUUUUAUUUAAUUUUGUAUUAUGUGCGUAACUAAUGUUUACCAAUUUAAUCCAUAGCCUGUGUAUUCCUUUUUCGAGAGACGUACUUGAAAACACAAUAUUAUUUUCGAUCAAAUUAUUUUUUAGACUGUUUAAUUUGUAAAUAAAAAUAAAAAUUGAUUGAUAAAUAUUUAUUUAUAAUACAAUAUAGUGAAAAAUAUGAGCGAUACCAAAUAUUGAAGUAAAAUCUCUACUAUACAUAAAACUGAUCAUUUACAACUAAGGACUGUGUUUUUAA